AAACAUUUUUUAUGAUAUUUUCAUAUUUCCAUUCAAAAAUUAAGUUGAUUAAAAAUUUUAUUACAAUUCAAACACCAAAUCAUUAGUGUGCACACAUCUUACGAAUUAAAAUACAUGAAAAAUGAGUAGCUCUGAGGAGGUAUCAUGGAUUUCUUGGUUUUGUGGAUUACGGGGCAAUGAGUUUUUUUGUGAAGUGGACGAGGACUAUAUUCAGGAUAAGUUUAACUUAACUGGAUUAAAUGAACAAGUACCAAACUAUAGACAAGCGCUAGACAUGAUUUUGGAUCUAGAACCAGAAGAUGAGCUUGAAGAUAAUCCAAACCAAUCGGAUUUAAUAGAGCAGGCAGCCGAAAUGCUUUAUGGUUUGAUUCAUGCUCGCUAUAUUUUGACUAACCGAGGUAUUGCUCAAAUGAUUGAAAAAUACCAAAGUGGUGACUUUGGACACUGUCCACGUGUGUAUUGUGAGAGUCAGCCCAUGUUGCCUUUGGGUUUAUCAGAUGUUCCUGGCGAAGCUAUGGUUAAGUCCUACUGCCCUAAAUGCGUUGAUGUUUACACACCAAAAUCUUCUCGUCAUCACCACACAGAUGGUGCUUAUUUUGGCACUGGUUUCCCUCAUAUGCUUUUCAUGGUACAUCCCGAAUAUCGCCCAAAACGACCAGCGAAUCAGUUUGUUCCAAGAUUAUACGGAUUCAAAAUUCAUUCAUUAGCUUAUCAAAUUCAGCUACAGGCAGCGGCCAACUUUAAAGCACCUUUGCGCGGGUGAAACGACCCCAUUCGCAGUAAAAGAUAUCAUCUGAAGUAAUCAAGAAGUCCAUACAGAGUAAUUAUCAUACUUACACUAUAAUAAAGAGUUGCGAAAAGUUCUUUGUAUUGAAACACAAAUAAAAUGCAUAUGUCAUGAUUAAAUAAAAUGUUAAACAAUAAACAAUUAAAAUA